AUGUGGAAGCUUCAGCUGUCAAAAGGCGAUGAUGAUCAUCCACGAGUCAGAAGCGUAAAUCAUCAUAUCGGUAGGCAAUUUUGGGAAUUCGAUCCACAUGCAGGAACACCUGAAGAACGAUCUCAAAUCGAGAGCAUGCAUGAAGAGUUCACCAGAAACAGGUUAAAAGUGAAGCAUAGUUCUGAUCUUCUGAUGAGAUUCCAGUUUGCAAGCAAGAAUCGUGGUGAAACAGAAACAUCUCAUAUACUUGAAGGAGGACUGGAUGAUGAUGAAGAUGAAGUUGUGAUAAAGACGUUGAAGAAAGCGUUGAAGUUUUACGCAAGUCUUCAAGGUGAGGACGGGAGUUGGCCUGCUGAUUAUGGUGGUCCUUUGUUUCUCCUUCCUGGCCUGAUCAUUGGAUUGCAUGUCAUGGGGAUGAAAGACGUGGUUUUGUCCAUAGAACACCAAAAGGAAAUCCGUCGGUAUCUUUAUAAUCAUCAGAAUGUUGAUGGGGGAUGGGGUCUACACAUAGAAGGGCAUAGCACUAUGUUUUCUACAGUCUUGAACUAUGUGAGCCUAAGAUUGCUUGGAGAAAACAUGGAUGGUGGUGAAAAUGGAGCCAUGACUAAAGCAAGAAUCUGGAUUCUUGAUCAUGGUAGUGCCACACACAUACCCUCAUGGGGCAAAUUGUGGCUCUCUGUGCUUGGAGUAUAUGAAUGGAGGGGUAAUAAUCCUUUGCCACCGGAAAUCUGGCUUCUCCCUUACUUUCUUCCUUUACACCCAGGAAGAAUGUGGUGCCACACAAGGAUGGUAUAUCUGCCAAUGUCAUAUUUAUAUGGUAAACGAUUUGUGGGGCCAAUCAGUUCGAUUGUUUUAUCAUUAAGAAGAGAAUUGUACAAGACACUUUAUUAUCAAGUUAAUUGGGACUUAUCUAGAAAUCAAUGUGCCAAGGAAGAUUUGUAUUACCCUCAUCCCAUAAUACAAGACCUUUUAUGGGGUGGUUUGAACAAGAUUGUUGAACCUCUUCUGAUGCAAUGGCCCUUCGCAAAGCUCAGAAAAAAAGCAUUAAACACUGUGAUGCAACAUAUCCAUCAUGAGGAUGAGAACACGCAUUAUAUUUGCAUUGGACCUGUUAAUAAGGUGCUCAACAUGUUAUGCUGUUGGGUGGAGGAUCCAAAGUCACCUGUAAAUAAACAGCACCUCUGUAGGAUCAAAGACUACCUUUGGAUAGCUGAAGAUGGAAUGAAGAUGCAGGGAUACAACGGAUCACAAUUGUGGGAUGCUGUUUUUGCGGCUCAAGCAAUAUUAGCAACCAAUCUCGUAGAUGAAUAUGGCUCCAUGCUUCAGAAAGCACAUGACUUCAUUAAAAACUCACAAGUUAGAAAAAAUAGUUCGGGUAAUAUUCAGUCAUGGUAUCGUCACAUAUCACUGGGUGGAUGGCCAUUUUCUACUCCAGAUAAUGGUUGGCCUGUAUCAGAUUGCACUGCUGAAGCUUUAAAGGCGGUGGUGAUGCUAUCACAAAUGCCAUAUGACAUAGUUGGAGAAGCAAUAGCACCAGAAUGUUUAUAUGAUGCUGUUCAUUUGCUACUAACUCUUCAGAAUGGAAAUGGUGGAUUUUCCUCGUAUGAGCUCAAGAGGUCCUAUGCAUGGUUAGAGGUGAUUAAUCCAGCUGAAACAUUUGGAGACAUCAUGAUUGAUUACCAGUAUGUGGAGUGUACAUCCGCUGUGGUGCAAGGCCUACGAUCCUUUACAAAACUCUAUCCAUGUCACCGUAAGGAUCAAAUAGAAGUGUGCAUUAACAAAGCCAUAACAUUCAUUAAGAGCUCGCAACUGCCCGAUGGCUCAUGGUAUGGAUCAUGGGCAAUUUGCUACACUUAUGGAACAUGGUUUGGUAUAAAAGGAUUGGUUGCAGGUGGUAAGACAUACGAAACUAGUCAUAGCAUUAGAAAGGCUUGUGCUUUCUUACUCUCCAAGCAACUUCAUUCUGGGGGUUGGGGAGAAAGCUACACGUCUUGCCAACAAAAGACAUACACAAAUCUCGUUGGGAACAAAUCCCACAUCACAAACACUUCAUGGGCUUUGCUAGCUCUCUUAGAAGCCAAACAAGAAAAAAGAAAUCAAAACCCACUCCAUCGUGCUGCAAAAGUACUCAUUGAUCACCAAAUGGACAAUGGAGAUUUUCUACAGCAGGAAAUUAUAGGGGUGUUUAACAAAAAUUGUAUGAUAAGUUACUCAUCUUAUAGGAACUUAUUUCCAAUUUGGGCUCUUGGAGAAUACCUCAAUAAUGUAAUUAGGAAGAAAUCUCCAGCUUGAUAUGUAUUAUAAACAUUUCAAUUUUCUAUCUUCGUGUAUGUUGUAUAAAUUACUAUCUUUUUACAUGUAAUGUUUAUAGCUUGAAGCUCGUGUU